CGGAAGCUGGGACACAAAGUGAACGCGGGUAAGUCGGAGAGUAACCGAGAUCAGCAGUGCAGAGUGCCCAUUCCCUGUCGUUGCUCCGGGUCCUGCAGGGUGGGGAACCGCGUGGUGCAGACCUGGGUGCGGAGGACACGGCUGGGAGUCGGGGGGACGGAAAUCUCCCCGGAGCCGCAGUCGCCGCGCGGGGCGGCCUGGGAAAGUCACCAGUCAGCAGCGCAGUGGCGGGAACCGCAGCCCGGCGGCCCUGGAACCUCCCAGGGCUAACCGACCAUCCAUACCUGCUCACCUGUGCUGCAGAACAAAGGGUCUGGAAGGAGAGAGAAGACAGUGGCUCAGGAUCCAGGAAAGUGACCACUAUUCAUUGUUCCUGAAAGAGAAACUCAAAGAAGAGAAACAUAAAUGGCUGAUUCUCCAGUAAACAUGUCGCAGGGUCUGUUGACAUUCAGGGAUGUAGCUGUGGACUUCCCCCAGGAGGAGUGGGAAUGCCUGGACUCUGCUCAGAGGGCUUUGUACAUUGAUGUGAUGUUGGAGAAUUACAACAACCUGGUCUUUGUGGAGAACUAUUGCAAAUGUGAUCCUGACCAUCCACAUCUGAAGACGGAAAAGGAGUCUCGUCAGUGUAAUGAGCUUGUCAAAGUGCUUCAUGACCUCUCUGCACUUUAUAAAAAAUGUGAAACUACAGCAAACUCUAAUAACUACACAUGUAGUAACAGCAGGGAUGCCUCUACUGACUCAUUAAGCCUAGAUAGACAUGAAAACAUGCACACUGAAGAAGAACCUUGCAAAUCUAAAGACGAUGAGAAAUCCUUAAAUUUAUGUUCCAUUAUUACUCAAGAUCAGAGACAGUACACUGUAAAGAAGGAGCACAGGCAGGAAGAAUAUGAUGAUUAUUUCACCUUUGCAUAUAGUCUUUUGCAACAAGCAAUUCAAGAGACACCAUACCAAUGUGGGAAAUGCAGGAAAUGCUUCAGGACUCCCUCAUACCUCACUGAACAUGAGAGAAUUCAUACUGGAAUUAAACCCUACAAGUGUAAUGUUUUUGAAACAUCCUUUACCCAGCUUUCAAGUCUUAAUAUACAUCAAAGACUCCAUACUGGGGAGAAACCUUACAAAUGCAAAGAAUGUAGAAAGUCAUUUCAUCAGUUGUCAGUAUUUCAAAGCCAUCAGAAAUUGCAUAAUGGAGAGAAACCUUACAAAUAUAAGAAAUGUAAUAAAUCCCUUGCUCAGUCUUCCACUCUCAAGAAACAUCAGAAAAUGCAGAUUGCUGGGAGACAUUAUAUUUGUCAAGAAUGUGGCAAAAUCUCUCAUAGUUCUUCACACUUCAAAGAUCAUUCCAGAGUCCAUACUGGAGAGAAGCCUUUCAAAUGCAAUGAGUGUGACAGAUCCUUUCCCCACUAUUCAUCAUUGAGUAGGCAUAGGAAAACUCAUUAUCCAGAGCAAUUAGACAAAUGUAAAGAAUGUGGUAAGUCCUUUCUUGAAUUAUCACAUCUUAAAACUCAUUACAGAAUCCAUACUGGUGAAAAGCCUUUCAAAUGUAAGGUAUGUGACAAAUCCUUUACCCACCACACAACCCUUAAAAAACACCAGAAUGUUCACACUGGGGAGAAGCCUUACAAAUGUAAGGAAUGUGACAAGUCUUAUACUAGAUUCUCAUCUCUUAGAGCACAUCAGAAAAUUCAUACUGGGGAGAAACCUUACAAAUGUAAAGACUGUGACAUUUCCUUUAUCAAUCUUACAAGUCUUACAAAACACCAGGGAGUUCAUACUGGAGAGAGACCUUACAGAUGUGAGGAAUGUGACAAUUCCUUUACCAGUUUCACAGUUCUUAAAAGACAUCAGAUAGUUCAUACUGGGGAGAAACCUUACAAAUGUAUGGAAUGUGAUAAGUCCUUUACUCAGGAGUCAAAUCUUAGAAGACACCAGAGGGUACAUACUGGAGAGAGACCUUACAGUUGUAAGGAAUGUGACAAAUCUUUUACUAGGUGCUCCUACCUCAGAGCACAUCAGAAAAUUCAUAAUGGAGAGAAACCAUACAAAUGCGAAGACUGACACAUCCUUUAUCCGGAAGACAUUAGAAAAUUCAUACUGGAGAGAAACAUACCAUUGUAAAUAAUGUGACAUAUCAUUUUGCAGUAUUCUCUGCUUACAAAUCAACAGUAUAGAAAAUUGAAACAUAAAGAUCACAAACUUGUGAGAGUCUGUAAUGAAGAUUUAAAUUUUAAAAAAUAUCCUAGAGUUUAUAUUAAAAUAUUGCAAAUGUAA